AUGCCUCCAAAGGAUCAAAAGAAAGGUGCCGCCACCAAGGGCAAGGCCGGCAAGCAAGCCAACGCUGCUGCGAAGUCUGCGUUGAAGGGCUCGCACUCGCAGAAGGUCCGCAAGGUCCGCACCUCGACGACCUUCCACCAACCUAAGACCCUCCAACUCUCCCGCAACCCCAAGUACCUCCGCAAGUCCGUCCCCGCGCAACCUCGCCUCGAUGAGCACAAGGUCAUCAUCCACCCUCUCAACACCGAGAGCGCGAUGAAGAAGAUUGAGGAGAACAACACCUUGGUCUUCAUUGUUGAUAUCAAGGCCAACAAGAGACAAAUCAAGGAGGCGUUGAAGAAGCUGUACGAUAUUGACACCGUCAAGAUCAACACCCUCAUCCGACCUGAUGGAUCCAAGAAGGCCUUUGCCCGUCUGACCCCAGACGUCGACGCUCUCGAUAUCGCUGCCACCAAGCUCGCCAUCGUCUAA